AUGGCGGUUCCGCACGGGCAGGGUCAGAUGGACAAAGAUUUUCUCUGCCCAAUUUGUAUGGAGCCGAUGCGCGACGCGUUUUUAACGGCGUGCGGACAUAGUUUCUGCUACUCGUGCAUCACCACACAUCUGCAUCACAAGCGGAACUGCCCGUGCUGUUCGCAGUUCCUCACUCUCGACCAGAUUUUCCCCAAUUUCACGCUUAACAAGCUCCUGAAGAAGGCCACGGCGACGCAGAUGGUCUCGACCGCGUCGCCGUCGCAGCACCUGCGGCUGGCGCUGCAGCACAGCGCGGACAUGAGCAUGAGCGUGCGCGAGCUGGACGCGCUGCUGGCGCUGCUGGCGGAGAAGCGGCGCAAGGCGGAGCAGGAGGAGGCGGAGAUGAACAUGGAUAUCCUGUUGGAUUUCUUACAGCGGUCGCGGCAGAAGAAACAAGCGGAACUGGACGAGCUCCGCGCGGACCUUCUGUUCAUCCGCGAGGAUAUAGCGGCGGUGGAGCAGCGGCGGCGCGCGCUGCAGCAGAUGCGCGAGCAGUCCGCCGCCGCCAUCCACGCGCUGCUCUUCCGCGGAGGCGCGUCUUCCGCGGGUGGCGCAGGGGACGAGACGGGGUUCGGAUCCGGGGGACUGGCGGGGCUGAAGGCGGGCGCGGGGGGAGGGCUGUCGGGGAGCAAGCGGAGGGGGGGACCCGCGCUCGCGCACCACCUGCAGCAAACCGCGCAGAAGAUGCGCGUUCAGGGGGAUGCGCGGGGGAUAGUCGGAGGGGGAGUGGGGGCGGUGAAGGAGGAGGCGGAAGGGGAAGGGGGAGGGGAUGGUGGAGGGCUCGUCGCGUGUGGGCCGUCGGAUAUUGCCAUGUCCGCAUCAACGGUUGCCAAGAAGCGACGAGUAUUUUCCCAUUUCGACGACCUACAGGAGUGCUACCUGCACCACCGCCGCCAGGCAGCGCGCGCCGCCAAGCCCGCGGGAGCAGCGGCAGGAGGAACUUCCGCACCUUCAGCUGCAGCAACAGCAGGGGCUGGGCUGGGGAGGCGCGGAGACGGCUCAGCAGCGGAGGGCGCGGCGGUGGGGCAGGUGGAUCUGGGCAUGGGCCUGGAGGACUUCCGGCAGGUUCUGGCGGCAUUCACACGGUUCAGCCGAGUGAAGGUGGUGGCGGAACUGAGGCAGGGGGAUUUGUUCCAUUCCUCUAACAUCGUAUCCAGUAUCGAGUUCGAUCGGGAUGACGAGUUCUUUGCGACUGCAGGGGUGUCCAGGCGAAUCAAGGUCUUCAAUUUCUCGCAGGUGGUGGGCGAGCUAGCAGACGUGCACUGUCCAGUCGUGGAGAUGCCAACCAGAUCCAAGCUCAGCUGUCUCUCUUGGAACCCCUACCUCAAGGCGCACAUCGCGAGCAGCGAUUACGAAGGCAUUGUGACCGUGUGGGACGUGGGCACGGGGCAGAGCCUGCUGGAGUAUGAAGAGCACGAAAAAAGGGCCUGGUCUGUGGACUUCGCACGGACUGAGCCUACAAGGCUAGUCUCUGGCAGCGAUGAUGGGAAGGUGAAGAUCUGGUGCACGAGGCAGGAGAGCAGUGUGCUCAACAUCGACAUGAAGGCCAACAUCUGCUGUGUCAAGUUCAACCCCGGUUCAGCCAACUUCAUUGCGGUGGGGUCAGCAGACCAUCACAUUCAUUACUACGACAUCAGGGCUCCAGCUCUCCCUCUCCACGUGUUCACUGGUCACCGCAAGGCUGUGAGCUACGUCAAGUUCCUCUCGCCCUCGCAGCUCGCCUCUGCCUCUACUGACAGCACACUCCGGCUCUGGGACGUGCACUCCCACGCUGCGAUCCGCACAUUGAGGGGCCACACCAAUGAGAAGAACUUUGUCGGCUUGUCGGUCAACAGUGACUACAUCGCGUGCGGCUCUGAAACUAAUGAAGUGUACAUCUAUUACAAGGCCAUGUCCAAGCCAAUGGCAGUGCACCGAUUUACCAACUCUGACCCUUUUACCGGGGAAGACAGUGACGAGGAUACAGCACACUUCAUCUCUGCAGUGUGCUGGAAGGGCGGAGGGGGAGAGGGAGGAGGAGCAGGAGCAGGAGGGGAAGGGGGUGCUGGGCAACAGCAGGAGGCAACGAUGCUAGCAGCAAACAGCCAAGGGACCAUCAAGGUGCUGUCCUUGGCGCCUUAG